CGUAGAGUGAGGUUAAACUCUUCAACUAAAACGGAAAGUAUUUGACAUUCAGAAGAAUUUUAAAAACUCUACUAGAAUCCCUGUAAAACAAGAUGGCGCAAAUGGGCCCCUGGACAACCUUUAUAUUUUUCAAGCUGGCAAUGCUUCUGACGUUGUGGGCUGCGUCGUUUGCAACCCGAGGUUGGCUGUAUGGGUGGGAAACAUAUCCGAUUUCAGAGGAGAUAGACGUCGGUCUGUUCAAAACUAGUUAUAACGGCUACACGAAGGACACAAUGGACAUUAUACCCGGAAGUAAGAGUUAUCUAAAAGCUACCAUCGGUCUUAUGGCAGUGGGUGGGGGCUGUAUGCUGAUCUGCCUUGCUUUUGUUAUCGUUGCUGUUCUCAGCAGGAAACAAAUUUUCAUCAUCUUAGCAGCACUGGACGCGCUCGUUGGAGGUAUAAUCCUCCUGACCUCCGUCAUCAUCUUCUACGCCAAGUACGACUCGGAUUACCUGUCGGUCCACUACAGCUGGUACCUGGGUCUGUCCGCCAGCAUAUUCAGCCUCACGACGCCAGCCACCAUAGCUUCAGCCAUGAGACGAGGGGAACUCAACUUCAACGCCGUCCCCUUCCAGCAAUUCAAAAGUUAACCACAAUAAAAGCCGCGAUGUAAAUGUUGUUGCGCAAAACUUUCUCACGUAUAAGACACAGGAACACAAUAUAGGCAGGGAUGUACUUUGGAUCAGUUUCUUCCAGGCAUCUCUUUGUGGGGAGCUCCACCGGAAAUGGAAUUUAUAUAGAAAAUUUAUAUUUACUUUUAACACUGUCAGCACCCCCUCUCCCCCCACCCCGAAAAUUUCAGGUGCAACCCUGGAGAAAAAAGUCUGGAAGAAACACUGCUUUGGAUUAAGCGAUCCAUAAUUAUAUAUAUAUAUAUAUAUAUAUAUAUAUAUAUAUAUAUAUAUAUACGUUGUAAAAAUGAUUCCUUUUGUUAUCACUAAUAUAAUAUUAAUUUUUUAUUUGAAAAUAUUUUUUUUAAGAAUUUCGUGAAAAAAUAUUCAACAAGAAAUAUACAUAGUUUAAAUGUUGAGGUCUAAUUAGGAUUCAAAAUAA